GCCACUGGCUUUCCUGUCGCCAGCUGCGCCAGGUCAGGGUACGAACCCGCGCCUUUCACGGGCGACAUCAGGUCCAGCCUUCGCAAUCGGGGCACACAAAGGGUACACGUCAGCCUUGGCCGUGGCGGCAGGUUGCCUUGCUCUGGGCAGGCAGCUUUCUCGUGGGGUCCGAGUGCAGCGGCGUGCAGAGGAGGCGGAGCCGCACUUGGAGCCCUCUGAGAAGUCCAUCGAGACAAUGAUGAAGUUCUCCAAUCAGUACGCCAAGGUCACGGGCACGAAGUACUGUGAGGAUAAGAGCGUUCCGGCCGUGGUCAUUGUCGGACUGGCGUUGCACAAGGAGACUUUGGGGGCUCCAUUAUGCCCGUGCCGGCACUAUGAGGACAAGGAGAAAGAGGUGAAGGAUGGGUAUUGGAACUGUCCAUGCGUUCCAAUGCGUGAAAGGCACGAGUGUCACUGCAUGCUCUUCCUGAAGGACGACAAUCCAUUCGCGUCUGAGUGCUCCAAUAUCGAUCUGGAGGAGAUCAUGAAGCUGAAGGCCCAGAUUGACGACAAAGAUUGCCUCGUCAUUGGCCUCGAGAUUCUGGAGGUGACCUGGACGCAGGACUUGGGUCAAGGGCUGAGGCUCGUCAACAGAGGGCCCGUGGACGCUGUGAAGCGCGAGGCCGUAGUGCUCCACCACCGCGAUAGAGAAUCAGUUGAGUGGAAGAUUUCAAACAUCCGACGGCGCAUACAGGAGUUGCCCAUGGGCGCCUGCAUGUGCAGCCCUCUCUUCUCCGCUGCCGGGGUGCGGGACAUGCACCUGGAGUUCUAUCCGAACGGCCUGGAGGGGAGCAAAGAAGGGUAUUGUGGCUUCUAUGUGAGGUGUCCUACUGGCGAGUAUACGCUCAACAUCACUCUCUUUGUCGGCACCGCAAGACGGGGCCCCAGCAAGACGGAAUUCAACGGCAAUGCUGCCAAAGGUUUGCCCGAGUUCUGCCGACUCGACGAGCAGCUGGUGGACGGGGAGGAAGACCUCAUUGCUGGCAUUGUCCUCCAGAACCCAUUGCAGGAGCAGGAGGAAGACGAGCGAACUUUGUACCUGACCUUGAGCCUGCAACCUGCAGCUGUCACUUUUAAUGGCAUGCGGAAUGGCAUCGGACCACUUCUGGAGUUGUUUGAGAUCGAUCCUUCGGUCUUGCGAUGCAAGUUUACUCCCGCGACACUCCUGGAGCUGCUGCAGCGCCAGCCAGAUCUGCUGAUGACAGCGACUCAGGGACUGCGUUCCGGGCUUGUCUCGAGCACCUGUGGCAGAGAUCGGGCGGCCGCUGCCGCCUGCAGUCGUAGUGCUGGUGGAGGCGAGAAGCCCGAGACGGACUACGAGGCACGGUCUCGUUUAUUGCUGGUGUUGGCUGGUGACCCACAUUUGUGGAUGCAAGUCGUCUUCGGAAUUCCAGCCAUGGGUUCCCUUCGCUGGUGGAUCAACGCCUCCUAUGAGAUAGAGGAAGUCGAAGGCAAUGGAUUUUGCCUCUACGGCUGCGUCACCGUGCUUUUCCUCCUGGCACCUUUGCCCAUGCAGGCCUGUGAGCUGUGCACGGCCCAUGCUUAUACUGGUCCACUAAGCUUAAGCUAUCUUAAGCUCGAAAGAACCGACCACGCCGCACCUGGCUUGUCAGAAGUUCAUGGCUUUAAGCAGAUGCCGGCAGAAUUGAUCCUGAAGCCAACCUGCCGACGGCUGCAGGCAUUCAACGAGUUGUCCUGGCUGCUCAUCUCGCCAGAAGAACCUUCGGUGGCCACAGCUGAAAAGAGCAUGCAGGACCUCCCUGGCUCGAAAGAGCCCUCGAUUGAGCUCCCAAUGCCAGCUCAACUAGAGCUUCAUGCUGCCUCUACAAAGAAUGCCACUGUAGGUGUGCAGUGCCCCAAGACCAGAAGGAGGCAAGUGCCGAUGUCCGACUUUUCGAUCGAAGCCUCUAAGACAGUUAAGACUUCCCAGUGCCUGUGCACCGGACUCGACGAAAGACUGGUUUGGUUCGUGGAUGCGGAGGUCUACUCCAAUGCACGUGCAGCUGUGCAGCUGGUUGCUGCAGUUUCUGUUCGCAGGUGGCCGAAUCAGAGCGAGUCUGCAUUGGAGGGGGUGCAGACCGAAGCAGAUGGGCUCUUCGAGGCCAUCAAGAGACAUCCGGAUCCGGAGGCUGCCCGCCCGGAUAUCCUCUUCUGUGGGGACACGGUGCUGUUCUGUUGGCUCCUGCGCCGGCGAAGUCUGCUGGCCCGGCAUGCCGGUUUCCACGAACUCCCCGCGCUCCAUGUCUAUGGCAUGGUCUUCCUGCAGUAUGUUCCGCCGAUGUGGAGACGAGAAAUGCUGGAGGAUUUCGCGAAUUGGUGGCUCCUUGAACGCAGCCCCGCCCGCGAGCCGGCAGGUGUCCAGAUCGAGGCAUUGGGCCUGCAGCUCCAGUGGCAGAUGGGCAUCGCCCUACCUUUUGUGCCCAGCACAGGCACAUCGGAUUCCGCCGGAGUUCUCUACCAUGCUCCCCGGCCAGGAGAAGGGCGCUCUGUCCUGGUUCUGAAGAGUGCCUUCUAUGCACUAGCUCCGGGUAAAGUCUUUGGCGUGGUACUGCAGCGACUCUCUCGCGAGAGCAGGCUAUCCUGGAACCAUUGGGCUUUCGAAGGCAAGCGGAACAGCUUCCUGAACUUCGAGGAGAUGGCAUCGCAUUCCUGUGCCGUGUGCCUCCGACGGAUUUAA